CUGGGGGAUGCUUCGCGUGGCGCUGUUGGUGCUUUCCAUAUCGCAAUUUGCUCAUGGCGGGUACCAGCCAUGCGCAAAGAACGACCUCCACAUGUUCGAAGCCCGUAAGAACGCACCGCAGAUCUCUGCAGGAGCACAACCAGAUCUCCCGUGCAUUCCACGUGGAUGCGUGUAUUGGUGUGUGCACAAUGAUGUGCAGUUGAGUAUGGCUUGGAGCAGCUCAACGCCAUCCGGCGGUUCUGUGGGUACCUGUCCGUCACGCCCAUCUUUGCGGACCAGUUCCACCUCCUGGACGCACAGGCCGACAAGACGGACCUCUUCGUGCAGUACAGGUGGGUGACGAUGGAUGCGCCUACCUACCCAGGACUCAUCGCAUCGCAUCCAUGGGAUGAGGUAUUUAUUGUGUGGCCAUUGCAGGAUGCAUUUGAGGGAUGUGGCAACGUCAAUGAAGAUCACACUGGAGGUCUCAAGACAGGUGCGCCGCAACCUUGCGCGGGCUAUCGGAUGCACAUAGAGGCUGCCUGCGCGUGCGUGUGCCACCCAUUUUGUUUGUCAGCGUGCGUCUGUCGAGGACGCGACGAUAUUCACUCUCGAAAGGUAAGUGGGUGGAGUCCGCUGCUGCAAAUGGGUGGAGUCCACCCCAAUCACACGCAAUGGCUCGUCUGUCUGCAAUGGAUGGGUGGGGUGGAUGUGUGGUGUGUAUGUGUGUGUGUGUGGUGGGUGUGCCAGUGUAUCACCCGACGCGUGUCUGGUCCCAAGCCCCGCUGCCGACGCCAAACACAUCAUACCCAUCGACCACCCCAUCGCCGUACGCAUUCAGCCAGCACCCACCUCCAUCUGGUUGUUCCUCAUGCUGUCUGUGUGUCCGCCUGUCUGUCUGUCUGUCUGUCUGUCUGUUAGCGUGAUGCUAUCCGUGUGGCGAUGCGGCACAUACAGACGGUCAGGCGGGAGCAGUGCGGCGACAAAGCACCUGGUGAGCUCAAAUGCGUGGAAUGCGGUGGGGAGGGGGGGAGGAGGAAGGGCCGGCAAGGUUGUUGAUCUUGUCAUCGCCGUGUCCCUUCCUGCAGACAUUCAGCUGAUCCGGACGACCAGCGCCACCAUGCAGAUUGCACAGGUGUGUCUCUCUGUUGUCGGCCGCACACAUGAGUGUGUGCAGACGUGUGUGUGUGGAUCGUCUGCAGGGGUACAUCGUGCAAAUCGCGGUGGAGUUGCGCGAGAGCCAAAACUCGUUCGACCCCACACUCACCUUCCCAGCCGUCGUCGAAGUAAGCGUACACGCACAUUUGUGUGCCUGAUGUGUGUAUGUGCCCGCGUGUGUGUGGUGUGACAUACAGGUGUGGUACGUGCCCGACCCCGCCAGCCCCGGGCGGGUGACGACCAAGCCAACAGUGUACACAGACAGGCCGCCAUGCCUGCUCAAGGUGAACAAACAAUGAAGCCCCCAUGCCCCAUGAAGCCCCAUGCAGAUGUGCAUCGAUGUGCGUAUGGCCCUUAGGCGUCGACCUCAUUGCGUGUUGCGAAAGACACCACCGCGGCAGCCUUCAAUGGUCGCAUACGAGCACACAUGCACCCAUAGAGGCAGGAGUGGACGAGCCUGUACUUGAUGUGUGCAGGUCUGCGGUCCAGUGCGCCCCUCCCCUUCCGCGAGCUGAAGCGGCGUCCUCUCACAGUCAACCCCGACUACCUUCCACUUAUAUUCGACCCAAGGUGCGCACCUCGCUCCAACACACAGAUAGAGACACAUCAAUCGCACACGCCUUCGUGUGGAUACGUGCAGGCUGGAUCGGACGGUGUGUUUCCCUCCCCGUGGCCCUGGGCGCGAGCAGGGGGGCUGCGGCGCUUCAUGGGCAUUCGCCGCUACCAGCGUCGCUGCGUACAGGUGCAUGCAUGCAGUAUCGACCACGGUUGGUGUGGGUGGCGUAUGUGUCUUUUCGUUUUUGUUUGGUCAGGGAGUGUCUGUGGCUGCUGCAGCAGGGGGAGGCGCCGAUGGGGCCGCGCUUCUUCGCCGCUCAGGACCUCAUCUCGUGCACAUACACGGUGCGUGGGGUAGUGAGUCAUUCGCUUAUGCAUUGUCACAUCUGUCUGUGUCAUGCACAGCCCGACGGGUGUGCGGGCGGCCGCCCUCUGGUUGGCCUGCGAUACAUGGCAGAGGAAAAGGUGACUGACCAGACAAACAGAUGAGACGGGCUCUCACACGAAUGCUGUCUGGGCGUCUGUCUAUGUGUGUGCAGGUGCGUCGUGAGUCCUGUGUGUCGUAUCUGAUGCGCUGCUUCGUCGACACCUCGCCCGAGGCGGCAGACUCGUGGGCUCAGCAGACCUCGCAGAAGUUCGUGCCGCCUCCAGGCUGCCCUGGCAGCGUGACGAGAGAGGACGUGGAAAGGGACCCGUGCGAGUGCCUGCCGAGGUCAGUCGGUGCAUGAAUCGAUCCACGGGUGAUAGAUAUGUGUGUGUGUGUGUGUGUGUGCAGGGAGGCCCACUUGACGUCGCCAGUGGAGUGUGACGCCUUGGAGGGCGACUGCCCGGCGACAGAGAUACCCUCCUUCUACCAGUUGAAGGCACGCCAACGCACACUUUCAUACCUCCACACGGAUCCCUGCCCUUGAUGGUUGUACGUGUAUGUGUGUUGAUGCAGGGGCUGAUAUCGUUGGGGCUGCCGCACAGCAACACCACCAAGACCGUCAGAGAGCUGGAGGACCAGAUCAAGAUCGAGCUCUACACAUACGGUCCGGUGCUUACGCAUCCUUUGCUUUGUGGGGUGUGUAUACACACAUCCAUUGUGGGGUGUGCCGGUUUGAUCUCUCAGGUCCCCUGUUAGUGGAAUUCACGAUGUUCUCCGACUUUUUUGAGCCCACCAGCUGGUCAGAGAGCGGCGUGUACGAGCAUCAGAACAAACAUGCACUCAACCUGGGAAGACACGCAGCCGCACUCGUGGGCUGGGGUAGGCACGCAUCCCCACAUAUUUGUGUGGAUUGCUGUGCUGCACUAUUUGAUCAACAGGUCGCGAUUCCUCUGGUGUUGACUACUGGCUGCUGCUCAACUCCUGGGGAAGGGCCUGGCACGACCAGGGCUACUUCAAGCUCCCCAGAGGGGCCAAGGAACACGGUAUGUAUGUCAGUGUCUGUCUCGGUGUACUUGUACACUUGUCAACGUGUGUGUGUGAAGGCAUAUUGCUGUGGAGUGCGUAUGGCAUUGACUAUCACGAGACGCCGCAAGACAAACAGCCGCCCGCCAUAUACCACAUCAAGGUGCGACGCACAUACACGCGCAUCCACCAGGUUGAAUGUACCUGCUGUCGAUGCUAUGCUGCUGAGGCCUCACACAGACGAGCUACAGUGCCGUGCUGAACGAGCAGAGCACCGUCGCCCCCUCUUUGUCAAUUGCUCAUCUCAAUGUUGUGGUCAGCUGCAGAAGACCGAUCCCCCUCUCCCCCCCUCUCCCCUCUCCCCCCAGCAACACACAUGGCACACCCCAUGUCAUGUACGCCUGUAGGUGCGCUUCGAGACCUCCGAGCCCGCGUCGGUGGCCGUGCGCCUCAAGACGCCCAAGGGGCAGAUAAUCGAGAAGACCGACACAUCCAACCAAGACAAGAGACACGCAGUGGCACUCGAUAUCAAAGGGUAAGGUGGGCACAUUUCGCACACGCACACACACCAUUGCCACACGUGUGGCUGGAUGUGAUGUGCAUGUGGCAUGGGUCAUUAGGGCCGGUCUGGAGGGUCUGUCUGGCGAGCUGACGAUCACGGCAACCGACCGUAAUGGCAACAAGAACACUUUCGGACCCAAGAAGAUAAAAGUGAAAAGAACAACACACGUCUCUGUCUCCUCUCGAUGGAUGUCAUGUGAUCAUCGCUUGUGUGUGUGCAGCUUCCCCGGUCGAGCGACUUUGCCUCUCUCACGCGGGACCCGCUGGCUGCCCCACUUAGCACCGCAGUGCUGCCACUCCCACUCCCACUCAUCGCCAUGUACGUGUGUACCCUGUUAGUAAACACAUGUGCUCAGCGAAAAUGUGUGUCUGUGACCGACUGGUGGCUGGCAGGGACGCGCGCACCGACGAGCUGAGCCAGAAGCUGACGGAUGGGGAUGCCAACAAGUGGACGUACAUGCAGGGGAAUAGCGACGGUGAGCGAGUGAGACAGACACACACACAGAUGGAGAGGAAAGGAUUGUGCUGUGUUGCUGGUCGUGGUUCAGCCCCCAACAGCCGCUCUCUGACCGUGUCUCUCUCUGCUGGCGACCCCUCCCACCUGGUGGCCAUCCCACACAUACAGGGGGAAUUCAAUCUCCAGCUAAACGCCGGUACUGCACGUGCAUCCAGCCAGACAGACAAGGGAUCUUCUCUAUUGAUGUAUGUGUAUCUCUGGUGGUCAUUUCACAGGCAUCGCGGCCGGCUCGUCCACAAAGGUGUACGUGUACUAUCGCGACGUGCUUGAAGGCGCAGAUGACGACACCGACGUCAGCCCGCCCGUCGCACUGCACCUGCGCCACACAGAGGGGCCGCAGGUGAUGCAUACGAGCACCGAUGCCGUGAGCAUUGCCACGUCUGUCUGUCUAUCUGUGUAAUGGAUUGAUCAGCUCUUCCCGGCCCCGCUGCCCCGCUCUCUCGACGACUUCACCGGAGUGCUGGUGCUCUCUCGCAUCCGCCCCAACGCCACCCUCCCACACAGACCCAAAGGUGCAGGUGUGGUGUCUGUGCCGGGUCCCCCUCCCCAUGCUCCCAAUUCGGUUCACGAGCCGCCCGUGCAACACCAGCAGCAUGGACAGACCGCUGGCGCAGCAGGCCACGGAGCCCACCAGCAGCAGCCACACAACGCACAGAUACAGCCAAAUGUAAGUGAGCGAAUCUGCAGGACAGGUAUAUUCCUCACUCCCUGCGAUGGCGUGAAUGCAGCUGCCCCCCGCUGUGCAUCACGAGCCGCACCCCGAGCCCGCCCCAGCCGGCCGCGAGCCACAUAUGAGACCACACCCAGAACCACACCCCGAGCCACAGCCACACGGCCAGCCACGUUUCGAGCCAGCAGCCGUACGCAAGAGAGACAGAGAUGCACCUCACUCAACAUGCAGCUGCAUGGUGUCUCUCUGUCUCUGUUGCAUCAAUGCAAUGCAGCAUGAGCCUCACCCCGAGCCCCACCCAGAGAGGCCGCGCAUCGAGCCCCACGAGCAGCGGCCCCGAGUGCAGCCCCACGAGCACCAGAUGCACCAUUCGAUGGAACACCACCACCCCAUGCACACCAUGCACCUCGCCGUAGUCAUGACAGGGGGAGAGGAAGGAGACCAGCACCAGCACCCACACCUGGCGGAGGUCUCGGGCGUCGUGGACAAGUAUAGGUCGGGGGGAGAGAGGGGAGGGGAGGGCGUGACGGUCCGCCUGGUGCUGCGGGACGGCAUCAUCGAGGGGCCUCCAGUGUCCAUACCGAUCCCUUUGGUGCCUGCUGACGGUGGUGGUGGCGGUGGCGAUGGUGAAGGUGGCCGGCGGUAUCCGAUGUAUUUCCCUGUGGUGCUGUUGGUGGGUCUGAUCUCGGUGGGCACUCUGGUGCUGGUGUGGCGGUGGACCGACAAGUUCAAGAAAAACGCGGCGGGCAUGCGGCGAGCCGGGGAGAGAGACCAACGUACGUAUACAUACAGGAGUGCUCAGGGGGACAUCUGCAUAUGCAUGUGGGCCAUUUCUCUCUCUCUCCUUCUCUCUGCUUGUGGGUUUGGUGUGGGUGUCAGGCUGGAAUUGGGGUAUUUUCUUCUCUCUGUAUUCGUCUUUGUUCUUCAAUGGCGGCCACAAGCCCAUCCAACCCACACACAACGACGCCGGUUGGGGCAGUGUCUGUGUGGGUGGAUGUCUCGGUGUCUCACCCACCACGGCACAACACAUACACACGUGCAAUCAAUCCUUGACAAAGAACGUGUGUGUGUGCGUGUGUGUGUGUGUGGUGGGGCUGCUGGUGCAGACGAUGGAGACGAGGACGACUUUGACUACGACAAGCUGUCCAUCGAGAUGAACAAAUGGAGACCCGAAUCCGCCGACAACACCGCCAGAGAGAAGGUAUGUAUGGGACACACACUCGACCCCACCACAUAGACACACGUCCGUCCAUCAAUCCAUCCAUCCUGUCUCUCUCUCCAUGUGUGUGUGUGUCUGUGUGCAGGUGACGGCUCGCGAGGAGCUGGUAGAUGAGGACGAUGAUUCGGAGGACUCCUCUGGCAUGUUCAUGGUGGAGCGGCCGGUGGAUGGGGGGCGGGGAGGGGGAGGGGGCUUGGGCUUCGCGAUGACACGGGGGAGCACCGCUAGUGGGGACUAACCAUGCCAUGGACCGACAGAGGGAGGGAGGGAGGGGAGAGUGUGUGUGUGUGAAGAGGCUGAUACCUACCCUUUUUUCUUUUGUUCCUGGUGGCGGCGAAGACUCAUACAACAUGGAUUCCAGUUACACUUACGUACACUUCAGUACACACAUUACAUUUGGGAGAGUGUUCACUUCCAAAAAGGUGUGCGCGCGUAC